GGAUGUGUGCGUCGGUGAUAGCGACGAGAAAGAGGAGGAGGACGAGGAGGAGGCCGCACUUGUACGGCGCACCAUGAUGCCUCUUGUUUUGCCCGCGGAGAACCACGGCUACGUUCCACACAACGUAAUCCAUUGGUGGAACGUGGACCUCACAAGAGGCGAGCCAGAUCACACGAAGUGGCUUUCGCCCACCUCGCUUCUCGCUUCUCUCCUUACAACGGUUCGGGAUCUGACCGGGCUUGAGGCAACGCGUGAUGCACAGGACCCCGUUCUUCGAGAGGUGCCGUUGUACACCGCCACUUCGCUGCAGUUUGUUGAGCGUGUGUGCGUGCCCGUUCGCGGUACCGAUGUUUCAGCCAGGAAAAUUGAGGACGGGCCCCUUUUCCGGGAGCUUGAGGCUGGCGGCCACAGCACUGGCUUCUUUAUUCAUGUGCAGAUAAGGAUACGUGCCAUCGCUAGGGCCGGGCAGGUACUGAUGGCGAACGGCUGGGCCGAGGAGGAGGAUGUGGCGGACCAGGAGGAAAUGGCUAGGCGUGCCAUGGAGGAGUUGGUAGCCACGACGGAGAAGUGGCUUCUCAGCCGCGAGGCGACCACCGGCGUGGCGGCUCUCCACGUGUUGCCAUGGGUGAGUUGGCACCUCAACGAGGAGGAGGCCGGCACGGACGGAAGCACGCAGCACUGCUUCAUUGUGGAGUACGCAGCUGCAGGGCCCGGAGACGGGCAGCCGCAGCCGUGUGCCAAUGAAAGCAGUGUUACGGGGGAGGUCUCUAGCGUUUUUCGCGACUGGCGAGCCAACUUGACGGAUGGCCUGCAGAGACUGUGUUGCGACGACGCCACUGCCCCUGACGAGACGACGCAUGACGGAGCGUCCAAUGCUCCACGCGGCGGCCUCAGGUUGGAGGAAAAACUUGAGGCGAUGCUGGAUGCUCUUGAGGCUGUAGAGUCGGAGCUGGUGGAGAGACAGAAACGGAACGAGGCGCACCAGGGACUACUUCAAGGCCACGUGGUUCACUGGCUUAGCGUGAGAGCUGCGCCCUCCGUGGAGAGGUGCAUGGAGACUCUUCAGGGCGUGUGUGGCGGCGGAGACGUGUCCUCACAACAGAUACACGAGUGGAUAUUGACCACUGUCUUCACAAGCGAGGGUGCGAUGGCCUUGAUGCCGGUUCGACGCAUCUAA